AUGACAGCAAUCAAGCAUGCGUUACAAAGAGACAUUUUUACACCAAAUGAUGAACGCCUGCUGAGUAUUGUCAAUGUCUGCAAAGCAGGAAAAAAGAAAAAGAACUGUUUUUUGUGUGCCACAGUGACAACUGAACGGCCUGUGCAGGUGAAGGUGGUCAAAGUCAAGAAGUCUGAUAAAGGAGAUUUCUACAAAAGGCAGAUCGCUUGGGCCCUUCGAGACCUUGCUGUGGUAGAUGCCAAAGAUGCUAUUAAAGAAAAUCCUGAAUUUGAUUUACAUUUUGAAAAAAUAUAUAAAUGGGUUGCCAGCAGCACUGCUGAAAAGAAUGCAUUUAUUUCAUGCAUUUGGAAAUUGAAUCAACGCUAUCUCCGGAAGAAAAUUGAUUUUGUCAAUGUCAGUUCACAGCUUUUGGAAGAAUCUGUUCCAAGUGGAGAAAACCAGAGUGUGGCAGGAGGUGAUGAAGAAGCAGUAGAUGAAUACCAAGAGUUAAAUGCUCGAGAAGAGCAGGAUAUUGAAAUAAUAAUGGAAGGCUGUGAAUAUGCAAUUUCUAAUGCUGAGGCCUUUGCUGAAAGGUUGUCCAGAGAGCUGCAGGUGCUAGAUGGGGCUAACAUCCAGUCAAUCAUGGCCUCUGAAAAACAAGUGAACAUCCUGAUGAAGCUUUUGGAUGAGGCUCUACAGGAGGUAGAUCAGAUUGAAUUUAAACUCAGCAGUUAUGAGGAAAUGCUCCAAAGUGUGAAAGAACAAAUGGACCAGAUCUCUGAAAGCAACCACCUAAUUCACCUUAGUAACACUAAUAAUGUAAAACUCCUGUCUGAGAUAGAGUUCCUUGUGAACCAUAUGGACUUGGCCAAAGGUCAUAUAAAGGCCCUUCAGGAAGGAGAUCUUGCUUCUUCUAGAGGCAUUGAGGCCUGCACCAAUGCCGCCGAUGCCCUUCUGCAGUGCAUGAAUGUAGCUCUUCGACCAGGCCAUGACAUGCUCCUGGCAGUCAAACAGCAGCAGCAGCGCUUCAGUGAUUUGCGAGAGCAUUUUGCCCGGAGAUUGGCCAGUCACCUCAACAAUGUUUUCGUUCAACAGGGUCAUGAUCAGAGUUCAACUCUUGCUCAACACUCUAUUGAACUGACUUUACCCAAUCAUCAUCCAUUUCAUAGAGACUUGCUCCGAUAUGCCAAGCUGAUGGAGUGGCUGAAGAGUACAGAUUACGGAAAAUAUGAGGGACUGACAAAGAAUUACAUGGAUUAUUUAUCACGACUGUAUGAAAGAGAAAUUAAAGAUUUCUUUGAAGUUGCAAAGAUCAAGAUGACUGGCACAACUAAAGAAAGCAAGAAGUUUGGUCUUCAUGGAAGUUCUGGGAAAUUAACUGGAUCUACUUCUAGUCUAAACAAACUCAGUGUUCAGCCUUCAGGGAAUCGCAGAUCUCAGUCAUCUUCCUUGUUGGAUAUGGGAAACAUGUCUACUUCUGAUCUCGAUGUUGCGGACAGAACCAAAUUUGAUAAGAUCUUUGAACAGGUACUCAGUGAACUGGAGCCCCUGUGCCUAGCAGAACAGGACUUCAUAAGUAAAUUUUUCAAACUACAGCAACAUCAAAGUAUGCCUGGAACUGUGACUGAAGCAGAUGACCUAGAUGGAGGAACGUCAUCAAGGCAACAUAUUUCUGGCACACCAUUGCCCGUUUCAUCUGAGAAAGAUAUGAUCCGCCAAAUGAUGACUAAAAUAUUUCGCUGCAUUGAGCCGGAACUGAACAACCUAAUUGCAUUAGGAGACAAAAUUGAUAGCUUUAACUCCCUUUACAUGCUAGUGAAAAUGAGUCAUCAUGUGUGGACUGCACAAAAUGUGGACCCUGCUUCUUUUCUGAGCACUACAUUGGGAAAUGUUUUGGUGACUGUCAAAAGGAACUUUGACAAAUGCAUUAGUAACCAAAUAAGGCAAAUGGAAGAAGUAAAAAUCUCAAAGAAGAGUAAAGUAGGAAUUCUUCCAUUUGUUGCUGAAUUUGAAGAAUUUGCUGGGCUUGCAGAAUCAAUCUUCAAAAAUGCUGAGCGUCGUGGAGAUCUAGAUAAAGCAUAUACUAAGCUUAUCAGAGGAGUAUUUGUUAACGUGGAGAAAGUAGCUAAUGAAAGCCAGAAGACCCCGAGGGAUGUAGUUAUGAUGGAAAACUUUCACCAUAUUUUUGCAACACUUUCUCGUUUGAAAAUCUCAUGUCUAGAAGCUGAGAAAAAAGAAGCCAAACAAAAAUACACAGAUCACCUGCAAUCUUAUGUCAUUUACUCUUUAGGACAACCUCUUGAAAAACUAAAUCAUUUCUUUGAAGGCGUUGAAGCUCGUGUAGCACAGGGUAUAAGAGAGGAAGAAGUAAGCUAUCAACUUGCGUUUAACAAACAAGAACUUCGUAAAGUCAUUAAAGAAUAUCCUGGAAAGGAAGUGAAAAAAGGUCUAGAUAACCUCUACAAGAAGGUUGAUAAACAUUUAUGUGAAGAGGAGAAUUUACUUCAGGUGGUGUGGCACUCCAUGCAGGAUGAAUUUAUACGCCAGUAUAAGCACUUUGAAGGUUUGAUAGCUCGCUGUUAUCCUGGAUCUGGUGUUACAAUGGAAUUCACUAUUCAAGACAUUCUGGAUUAUUGCUCCAGCAUUGCACAGUCUCACUAA